AUGCGACUACACGGCGCUUCCCAAUUCUUCCUCGCCUUCUAUCUCCUCCUCCGGCCUCACUGUGCCGGGGCAGAGCCUCAGUGCGCAAUAGAUCCAAAUUCGAUCGUCAGCGACGCUUGCACCUCCUAUUCCGACCUAGAAAGGCUCAACGCCCAGUUAUAUCCCUCGCUCGAAGACUUGACCCAGAAAACCGAUUUCUUUGCCUACUAUAGAUUAAAUUUGUACAACAAAGUCUGUCCCUUUUGGAGCGAUGAAAAUUCCAUGUGUGGGAACCGUGCAUGCGCGGUAGAGACAAUCGAGGACGAGAGCGACAUUCCUUUAAUAUGGCGGGCGGAAGAACUUAGCAAACUCGAGGGUGCCAGGGCAAAGCACCCCGGACGAGCCCAACAAAGAGAGAGACCCAAAGACAGACCCCUACAGUACCAGCUGGGAGAGAACGUGGACGAAAGUUGCGUCCUGGAAGAUGAUGAUGAAUGCGACGACAGAGAUUACUGUGUACCAGAAGACGAGGGCACAACCGGAAAGGGUGACUAUGUUAGUCUCGUCAACAACACAGAAAGAUACACAGGCUACUCCGGCAUGGGAGCUCGCCAGGUGUGGGACGCAAUAUACAAGGAGAAUUGCUUCUCGGCCCAAUCCAGCCGCGGUAGUUCGUCCAACUCGAAAUCCCUACGAGCGGCCCAGAAUUUGAAGAAUGUUUUUCAAGAGUACGGACGACAACACGUGGAUGACGGUGACGAUCUCUACCCAUUAGAUGACGAAUGUCUGGAACAGCGAGCCUUUUAUCGCAUUGUGAGCGGCAUGCACGCUUCCAUAUCCACACACCUCUGCUGGGAAUUUUUUAAUCAGACGACCGGCGAAUGGGUCCACAAUGUCGAGUGCUACAAGGAACGACUUCACAAGUAUCCUGAACGCAUCUCAAAUCUAUAUUUCAAUUACGCCAUAUUGACAAGAGCUCUAGCAAAAGCUAGGAAGCAUCUUGAAUCCUAUACUUUCUGUUCAGGAGAUCCCGAGAUCGAUUUUGAAACAAAACAGAAAGUGCUUGCUUUGGCGGAUCAGGCCGCGGCUGGUCCACACACGUUUGACGAAACUGUCAUGUUUCAAGACCCUGGCGUCAUCGACCUCAAAGAGGACUUCAGGAACAAAUUCCGCAAUGUGUCCAGAUUGAUGGACUGCGUGGGAUGCGACAAAUGUCGUCUGUGGGGAAAAGUGCAGACUGCAGGCUAUGGUGCUGCUCUUAAGAUCCUAUUCGAGUACGAUGAAAAUAAGAACGGUGAAAACCCGCAUCUCCGACGAACUGAGCUCGUCGCUCUGGUCAACACGCUGGGCCGGGUCAGCCACAGUCUUGAUGCCAUUCAGAAGUUCCGGAUGGCAGUCAAUACUGGUGACUACAGCGUACUCGAGACCCAGGGCCCGUUGACGGCCCCGAAGAAAGUAGACAGCAUGCCUUCCGCAGCAGCAACCGCAGACCUUGAUGACUUUGGCGACCUCGACGACGAUCCCUACGACGUUGAACCUGAACGCAAACCAACCCCAUCAAUCUCUGACGCCUUCUGGACCGAGCUUGAUCUUGUUUGGCGUGCAUACAAGAUGGUGUUGAAAAGUUGGGUUGAUAUGCCUUUCAAGUUGAGCGCCGUAUUUAUCCUUGAAAUGAAAAGAGCGUGGAGUUGGUGGCUGGGAUUGCCAGUACCUCCGCGAUCAUGGGAUAUUCAUUUUCCUACCAGGGACGAGCUGUAG